AUUAAAAGAAGCUCGAAGCUUAAAGAUACCACUUGUCUAAUCUUGAAGAAGAAUCAAAACAUCUUUACAAGUUGAAGAGAAAUCAAAGUUAUCCACAGAUUGCUUCUCUACAAAAGCCUAACUUUCGACCUUGUAUAUAUCCCUGAGAACACAUAAGAAAUAAAGAGAGCGAGAGAAAGUGAUGUCAGACCAAGGUUCUGUUCAGUUGGAUGUCAAAGAAAACCAUGUGGUGAUGAAAAAUGGUAUAGUCGAAAUGACCAUAUCAAAACCAGAUGGUUUUGUCACUGGAAUCUCUUACCACGGUGUCAACAAUCUACUAGAAAGUCACAAUGAUGACUAUGAUCGAGGGUACUGGGACCUUGUAUGGAGCGAGUAUGGGACGCCUGGAACCACAGGGAAAUCUGAGCGGAUCAAAGGUACAAGUUUUGAAGUAGUAGUGGAAAAUGAGGAAAUGGUAGAAAUCUCAUUCGCAAGGAAAUGGGAUUCUUCUCUCCAAGACAAGAUUGCUCCCAUUGAUGUCGACAAGAGGUUCAUAAUGCGUAAAAAUGUAACUGGAUUCUACUCAUAUGCAAUAUUCGAGCAUCUAGCUGAGUGGCCAGCUUUUAACUUGCCUCAGACAAGGAUUGUUUACAAGCUUCGUAAAGACAAGUUUCGAUAUAUGGCGGUUGCUGAUAACAGGCAGAGGAAAAUGCCGCUUCCAGAAGAUAGAUUGGGUAAAAGAGGAAGACCUUUGGCAUAUCCUGAAGCUGUUCUUCUUGUUCAUCCUGUUGAAGAAGAGUUUAAAGGAGAGGUUGAUGACAAGUACGAGUACUCAUGUGAGAACAAAGAUCUUAAAGUGCACGGAUGGAUCUCACAUGACCUGGAUAUGGGUUGCUGGCAAAUCAUUCCUAGCAAUGAGUUUAGAUCAGGUGGCUUGUCGAAACAGAACCUUACUUCUCAUGUUGGCCCAAUCAGUCUUGCUAUGUUUAUAAGUGCUCACUAUGCGGGUGAGGACAUGGUGAUGAAGGUAAAAGCAGGGGAGUCAUGGAAGAAAGUGUUUGGUCCUGUUUUCACUUACCUCAAUUGUUUGCCUGACCAAACCUCUGAUCCUCUUUCGCUAUGGCAAGACGCGAAAAAUCAGAUGUUGAUCGAAGUUCAAAGCUGGCCUUAUGAUUUCCCCGCUUCAGUAGACUUUGCAGUGUCCGAUAAGCGUGGCUGCAUCAGCGGUAGAUUACUAGUAGGUGACAAACUCCUUAGUGAUGAGCUUUUACCGGCAAAUGGGGCUUUCGUAGGUUUAGCUCCACCAGGAGAGGUUGGAUCUUGGCAAACAGAGUCUAAGGGAUAUCAAGUCUGGACAGAGGCAGAUGCAGAUGGUUAUUUCGCGAUAAAUAAUAUCCGGGAAGGUCAAUAUAAUCUCAAUGCAUAUGUGACAGGAUGGAUUGGAGACUAUCAAUAUGAACAACUGAUAAACAUUACAGCAGGCUGCGACAUUGACAUUAGCAAUAUCGUCUAUGAACCGCCCCGAGAUGGGCCAACGGUUUGGGAAAUAGGAAUCCCUGACAGGUCUGCAGCUGAGUUCUUUGUUCCAGAUCCAAAUCCUAAGUACAUCAACAAACUAUACAUUGAUCAUCCUGAUAGGUUUAGGCAAUACGGGCUAUGGGAAAGAUACACAGAACUAUACCCCAAGGAAGAUUUGGUCUUUACUAUUGGCGUCAGUGAUUACAAAAAAGAUUGGUUCUUUGCACACGUUACCAGAAAAACAGGAGAUGACACAUAUCAAAAAACGACGUGGCAAAUCAAAUUCAAGCUCGAGAAAGUGCAGAAAAACAGCACGUACAAGAUCAGGAUCGCACUAGCAACCGCAAACGUAGCAGAAUUACAGGUGAGGAUGAAUGAGGAUGAGGGUGAAGAGAGUUUACUUUUCACAACAGGUGUAAUCGGACACGACAACACGAUUGCAAGACAUGGGAUACAUGGACUCUAUAGACUUUAUAACGUGGAUGUGACAAGUGAGAAGCUACUCGAAGGAGACAACACUUUGUUCUUGACACAAGCUAUCACCACCAUUGGAGCUUUUAAUGGUCUCAUGAGAUCGACCAUCGGGAUGUGCCUGACGGAGACUUUGGACGAGAUGGUUCAGAGCGGUACGCUGAGCCCUGAGCUAGCCAUCCAAGUCCUUGUUCAAUUUGACAAGUCCAUGACUGAAGCUUUGGAGAGCCAAGUGAAGACCAAGGUGUCAAUCAAGGGGCACCUGCACACUUACAGGUUCUGUGACAACGUCUGGACCUUCAUAUUACAGGACGCAAUGUUCAAGAGUGACGAUCGUCAAGAGAAUGUGAGCCGGGUGAAGAUAGUGGCGUGUGACUCGAAGCUGCUCACGCACUUUGCGAUGGCAACCUCUAAAUCCCAUAAUUUCCAGCUAGUCGAAGGGAUGGAGCUUCAGAUCACUGUCACUGGGUUGCCUAAUGGGAGCAGUGUAAGGGCUGAGUUUCACAUCAAGAACUGCACUCGCACAUGGAUUCUUCAUUGGGGUUGUAUAUACCAAGGAAAUAACUGGUUUGUACCAUCUGAACAUUCCCCAAAGCAAGGUGCAUUGCAGACUCCCUUUGUAAAGAGUGGGAAUGCUUAUGUAGUGAUCCUUGAGUUGCGUGAUCCAAGAGUACGUGCAAUUGAAUUUGUUCUGAAAGAUGGUCACCGUAACAGAUGGCUGAAACAGCAAACUGGAAAUUUCCGAGUUGAGAUUCCUUGGAACGAUCUGCAUGCUUCUCAUCGAAUACCGAAGAAUCUGAUAGAAAGAAGAGCAUAUAAGAUAUGGGACCGGAAAGGCCGACCUCAAAACUCUGCUCGUGAACAACAGAUAGACUAUGACAAUGCGUUAAGAGAGCUACAAGCCGACCUGGCUAGAGGAAUAACUAUAGACGAUCUUCAGGCUAACUCUGCAGUAACAGUUGAGAAAGCAGUUCACAGUGAGCCACAUCGAACAAUGAACUCGCAUCCGCCAUCAUAUCGCCGUAAACAUGAUGUUCAGAAAUGGUUAAUGAAGUAUACGGAACCAGUCACCAAAAAUGCGAGUGUGCAAAGUUCAGCACUUGCAGAUCUACUGAAGAGAUAUGUAGGCCAAGAAAAUGUAGUUUCACAGAGAAGCUUUCAUGUCAGAAACCACGAAAUCGCGGUCCUCCAGAAAUAUAUAAAGGGAGAUUGUCUCUUAUGGGUUGCCACAAACAUGACAGGUCCAACAUUUCUUCACUGGGGAGUCGCAAAGUCUUCUGCAGGAGAGUGGUUGACUCCACCACCUGAUGUGUUGCCUGAGAAGUCAAAAAUUGUUCACGGAGCAUGUCAAACGCAUUUUACCGAUAUGUCGAGUAGAGAACACUCUUAUCAGUUUGUUGAAAUAAAUUUCAAACGAAGCGGUUUUGUUGGUAUCCAAUUUGUGAUAUGGUCUGGAGGCUACUGGAUAAACAAUAAUGGAGCCAAUUUCGCUGUAAACCUGAAAUCAUCAGACAGUACCAGUGGUAAACUUGACGUGGGUGGGAAGUAUAUUCUCAAAUGGUUGCUAGAUGAAAUAUCUGAGCGAGAGAAAGAGGCUGAGAGAUCAUUGAUGCACAGGUUCAACAUAGCAACAGAGUUAACAGAGCGUUGUAAGGAUGAAGGAGAAGGCGGAUGUAUUGGUAUAAUGGUGUGGAUGAAGUUCAUGGCCACUAGACAUCUCACCUGGAACAAGAACUAUAACGUGAAACCUAGGGAAAUUAGUGAAGCGUUAGAAAGAUUCACCAAUUUGUUGGAGAAAGUAUAUCUGCAGCAACCAAGUAAGAGAGAAAUUGUGAGACUAACUAUGGCAUUUGUGGGUCGUGGAGGUCAAGGUGAUGUUGGGCAGAGAAUCCGUGACGAGAUCCUUGUUAUUCAGAGAAAUAACCACUGCAAAUCAGGAAUGAUGGAAGAGUGGCACCAAAAGUUGCACAACAACAGUAGCGCAGAUGAUGUGAUAAUUUGUGAGGCUCUCUUAAACUAUGUGAGAUCUGACUUUAGGAUCGAUGCUUACUGGCAAACACUAAAGGCCAAUGGUCUCACAAAAGAAAGGCUUGCAAGUUAUGACCGACCCAUUUUAUCAGAGCCUCGUUUCACAAGUGAUGCUAAAGGAGGACUCAUCCGUGACCUUACAAUGUACUUGAAAACAUUAAAGGCAGUUCAUUCAGGUGCAGACCUUGAGUCUGCUAUUGAUACGUUCCUUUCUCCAUACAAGGAUCUACUGAAUUUAGUUAAGAGGCUUGUUCACGAAGAGAACGCUGAUACCCUAAUAGAGAAGUUAGUUGAUGCUCGCAUUGAGCUACACCCUGCACUACGAGCACCUCGUACAAGAGCCAAAGAUUUACUAUUUUUGGACAUCGCAUUGGAGUCGUCUUUUAAAACAACAAUCGAGAAGAGAAUCAUCUCUUUAAACUUUAAUAACCCACCGGAUUGGUACCGUGUCAGCGAGACUUAUAGAGCUCAUGAUGUUCAGUGGGCACUGCAAACAAAAGCGGUUCUUGACCGUUUACAACUAGUACUUGCUGAUAGAUGCCAGCAUUAUUUUAGAUUAAUACAGCCUAGUGCACAGUAUCUUGGUCAUUUGUUACGAGUUGACAAGCAUGGGGUUGAAGUUUUCACUGAAGAGGUUAUAAGAGGAGGACCAGGAGCUGUUCUUUCAACUCUUAUUAACAGAUUUGAUCCUUGUCUCAGGAAAAUCGCUAAUUUAGGAUGUUGGCAGGUUAUCAGCUCGGGUGAUGCAGAUGGGGUUUUGGUUUGUGUGAAUGAGCUAAUCGCAGUUCAGAACAAAGUCUACUCAAAGCCAACUGUAAUUGUUGCCAAUAAAGUCACAGGAGAAGAGGAGAUCCCUGAUGGUGUUGUUGCUGUGCUCACUCCUUUGGUCUCCAAGGGGAAGAAGUUUUGUGGCAACUAUGUGAUUUCAUCUAAGGAAUUCACUGAUGAAAAGGUUGGUUCAAAAUCAUGCAAUAUCAAAUUUCUACAAGAAAGAGUUCCAUCGUGGAUCAAGAUACCUCCUUCAGUCGCACUUCCGUUCGGAACAUUUGAGAAUACACUCUCAGAUGAUUCCAAUAAGGAAGUAGCACGCAAGAUUUCUGCCCUUAAAUAUUCUCUUAACAGAGGAGACAUGACAAAACUUAGGGCGAUUCAAGAAGCUAUUUUACAAAUGAGAGCACCAAUGGCUCUGAGAAAUGAACUGAUCCACAAACUGAGAAGUGAAAGAAUGUCGUGUCAUGGAGAUGAAUCAGGCUGGAACCGAUCGUGGAUGGCAAUUAAGAAGGUGUGGGCUUCAAAGUGGAACGAGAGAGCUUAUGUAAGUUGCAAGAAAAACAAGCUUGAUCAUGAUGCCGUAUGCAUGGCAGUUCUGGCUCAAGAAGUCAUAUGUGGUGAUUAUGCUUUCGUCAUUCACACAAACAAUCCUGUCUCUGGUGACCCUUCAGAAAUAUACACAGAGAUUGUGAAAGGUUUGGGAGAGACCUUAGUUGGAGCAUAUCCAGGACGAGCAAUGAGCUUUAUCACCAAGAAAACAAACCUUAAGUCUCCAACCGUGAUCAGCUACCCAAGUAAGAGGAUAGGACUGUAUUCAAAACCCUCAAUCAUAUUCCGAUCAGAUUCAAACAGCGAGGAUCUUGAGGGCUAUGCAGGCGCUGGCCUUUAUGACAGUGUGAUAAUGGAUGAAGCGGAGGAAGUAGUGGUGGAUUACUCAAGGGAGCAAUUGAUAGUGGACAAAGCCUUUCAAGUGGGUCUCUUCUCGGCCAUUGCAGAAGCUGGAAAUGUGAUUGAGACACUCUAUGGUUGUCCUCAGGACAUUGAAGGUGUUGUCAAAGGUGGCAAUAUUUAUGUCGUCCAAGCUAGACCCCAACUCUAAGCUCUCUCUAUCUCUUGUUUUCUCUACCAUUCCCUAGUUUUCAAACAAAUCUUACCAUUUUACAUGGCAUAUGUUAUCACAAAAACCUUACAAAUGAAAACUUAUGGUUUCAGUCAAGUUAAAUAGUCGAAUGGAUUGAAUUCAUAGAUCCCAAUUACUUAAGGACGAAAACAGGUGGAAAUGGAAUCUAAAAGUGCAGUGAUCCACUCCAUACACAAAGAUGCAUAUAUUGGAUGUCUAUCUCAAUGUAAUGAAGCCUAAAACAAAGACCAUGAAGGAGAUGGAGGAUCUUACACAGCAGCUCUAAAGACUAGAGGGUCUCAAGCUGCGGCUCACCGGUGCUUAUAAGGAUAUAUAAGCAAGGCUUUGUGGUUAAAUAGAAACACAAGUUCCUUUGCUGUCAUUUUCUAUUUCCAGUCAUGGCACACCCCUCAUUCGAACAUGCUAGCCAGGCAAACUAAUUCAAAAUAAACGUAAUGCAUGCAAAAGUCACUCUUGUGUUGUGGGUUCACGCACAAAUGGCGGGUUGAAACGG